UGAGGGUCUUCUACAAUCCUCUGUUCACAUGGCAAGUUUCCACAAUCAAUCAAUUGAAUUUGGUGGAAAUUUCUUUCAUAGAUGAAUCAUUCACGCUAAAGAUAUAAGCAAUUAAUUCUUCUUCACUGUCAACUCUCUUCAUCAUCUUUAUCUUUCUUCUCUCUCAAUAAUUCAGAAAUACUUUCACUCACAAACCUCUCUGAAACUAGUUCCUCUGAUUUCUUCAGUUUGCACCUUGGUUGUCCUGUUACUUUCUCUCUUUUACUUUCUUUAUUUCAGAAUCUUUUGGCCCUAUUUCCAGUUCUUUAUUCUUUUUUCUGUUUCAGUAUUUCUAAUUCCUACAACAACAAAAAAAAACCUGUUUGCUUUCGUUUAUUUCUCGAUUACUAGAAAGAAUUAUCAUUUCUUGUAUUUGUUGUUAAUUUCGGUGUCUUUUAAUUAUUUUCAUUUGCUUUACUUCUCUUCUGAGUUUUUCAAACUUCAAAAAAAAUGGUUGAUGUUGCUGGGAGUGUCGGGGGUGUGAUGAGUCCUGUCCUUCAAGUUGGUCAGUGGUUGGCUGCUCCGAUUUGGCGUCAAUUUAAGUACUUGUUCAACUACAGGAGCAACUUUAACAGUCUCCAAGAACAAGUUGAUAAGCUGAAGAAUACAAGAGACGAAGUUCAACAUAAGGUCACUGCAGCUGAAAGAAAUGUGGAAGAAAUCAAACAAAAUGUUAAGAACUGGCAGGAGGUUGUGGAGAAGACGAUUACUAAAGCAGAGCAGUUGAUUCAACAGAAUGCAAACAACCCUCGAUGUUUCAAGGGAUUGUGUCCCAACUUCAUCAUUUACUACAAACAAAGUAAGAAAGCAUUCAAAUUAAAACGGGAUGAUAUUGAUCCACUUCUUCAGCAAGAAAGGGAAUUGGGACCAGUUUCCAAUCCCAGUAAUCCACGGGAGAUCUGGCUUAGAACUAGUGAAGAUUACUUGACUUUUGAAUCAAGAAACUCCACUAUGAAGAAUGUAUGGGCUGCUUUAAAUGAUGAGAGUGUCUUCAUGAUUGGUGUUUACGGGAUGGGUGGUCUUGGUAAGACCACUCUUGUGCAAGAAAUUGGUAGGAAAGCCGAGAAGGAAAAGCUCUUUGAGGAGAUUGUUUUUGUAGAGGUUUCAGAAUCUCCUGAUAUAAAGAAGCUUCAAACAACAAUUGCAGACAAAUUGAAGCUGAAAUUCGAAAAUGAAAGUGAAAUGGCAAAUAAGCUAUAUUCAAGAAUGGAGAAGAAGAAUAUCCUUUUAAUUCUAGAUAAUAUUUGGAAACCUGUAGAACUUGAUAAGAUGGUAGGAAUUCCUUGUGGAGCUGAUCGUGGAAGAAAUAAGCUUCUGUUCACAACAAGAAAUGUAGAUGUGUUGGAGAAAAUGGGGUCCACAAAAAAUUUUGGAAUGGGCUUUCUAAAGGAUGAUGAAGCUUGGACCUUAUUUACCGAAAUGGCAGGUAACUGUGAUAAUGUGAAUAUUAAAAAAUUAAAACAAUUAUUACAUGAAAAAAAUUUGAAUUUCAAAAUUUAGUUUCACUUGUGUACUUAAUAGAAAACAUUACAAAUCCGGUUUAAUGGUAAGGUUU